ACUUUUGAGCAUUCAAAAUCGACGCGAUCACAACGAGUCGUUUUAUACUGCAGCUUGUUGAUAGAAAACCAUAGUUGCUUGCAGGAUGUUUUAAGUAGAAGGUUCUUCAAGUGAUAACUAUUUUAUGGUAACUACACAAAAAAUGUUUAUUCUGAUAGUGUUUUCUGUACUAAUUUGUACGUUUCAAACCUGUUUCUCCGAAAUUGGAUGUCGCGAUGAGAACAACCAGUUAGUGGAUUGGUACUAUCUAUAUAAAUUGCCAGAAGCAGCUGCAGAUCAGCAUUCGCCGAAGGACGUAACAUCAGGAUUACAUUACGCGUUUAUUACAUCGCACGGUCCAUAUGGUUGGCGAGUGUCCGAAAAAAAUGUUAACCAAACCGAGAGCAUUCCUGGGAGAACUUUGAAGCCCUUGCUGAAUGGUGACGAAGAUUUGUUGAAAAUUCUUUACAACGAUGAACCUCCGAGAGGCGAAACGGAUGGUUUCAGGGGGCACACCAAAGGAGUCGUUGCUACCGAUGGAAGCACUGGAUUUUGGUUGAUUCAUUCCGUUCCAAAAUUCCCACCAAUGUUGAAUGAGUCGUAUCAUUAUCCUGAUACAGGUAAAAUCUACGGCCAAAGCUUUCUAUGCGUGAGUGUUCGAGCAGACCAGAUGGAAACCGUUGGACAACAGUUGAUCAUGAACGAACCGCACGUUUAUUCGUUCCAUGUUCCGGAAGCUUUGAAGGAACGAUUCCCCAAAUUAGUCCAGGCAACGGAAAUGAAACCAAUCAAGAAGCCGCCAUACUGGAGUGCAGUCAAUUUGAAAUCCGUUGGUGGAAUAAACUUCCAUUCCUUCGCCAAAAGUCGUCAGUUCAAGAAAGAGCUGUACUCGGACUUUAUAGCGCCAUCGUUGCAAGUAGAUUUGCUGGUCGAAACUUGGCAGCAUGGGGCCGGAAAUCUGCCAAGCGACUGUACGACCUCACAGUGGAAGGUGAUGAAUGUGAAGGGAGUCAAGGUGACCGAAAAGUAUCAAUUUACCACCCUGAAGGAUCACUCGAAGUGGGCGGUUUCAGUGCCAGGAGACCGAGACUUCAUCUGUGUUGGGGACAUCAAUCGACAGGAGCAUCAGAAAGCACGAGGUGGCGGAAGUGUCUGCAGUCAGAUAGAUGGGAUUGUCCAAACCUAUCGCGUGAUGGUGGAGAACAUUGAAAGUUGUCCGAAGAAAUGAAUAAUUGAAUCAAAUUAUAGAUACCAGGUGAACUAAAAAUUUGUAUGAUCUCAUUUUGAAAUUAAAUUUUGAAUUAUAAUAAAAUACUUUUACAUUUUAAUUAAAA